GGUCGAUUGACCGCCCGCUCUCCGCAUCGGGCGUAUUGGAUCUGCUUCCAGUGCAUGCACUGUGACAUGAUUGUUGAUAAGGCGACAGUUCAUUUCAUCGUACUGGAUUGUACAUGAUGAUUAUCUGCGCGCUACAACAGCACCGGAACUAGAAAAUGGAGCAGAAUAAUACAGACCACCGACAGGCCUCGAGCCUCCAAUCCGAACCCCGAAAGCACCCACACAAGUCCGUUCGUGUUGCUUUUGGCCCUGACCUCGAAACUCACAUUCCACCCCGCGACAUCUCCCCCGCGCCCGUUGCUGGACACCACCGAUCCUUCACCACCGUGGAGGCCAAACCGCCGCCUGUGAUCACACCGGAACGACCGACGAGCUCGUCCGCCGGCGAGAACUCAGUUAUCUUCGAUGUCAACCCGCGCCUGACUAUGGAUCGUCCGUCCGAGUCUGCGCGCCCGACCGCGGCCCUGAAGAGAGCCAGGAGUGAUUAUGGACCUCGAGUGGGAUUUGAUAAAGCUAUCAAUGGUGACGAAGAAGAAGAUAUUGCGAUGCGCCAUGGCUGGCAGGAGGAAUAUACUUCAAGCGAGUACUUGAAAGUCCUGCAUUCGAAUUUCUACAUGUAUUUCACGGAAAAGCGCCAUGAGACGAAUGGAAUCCCACGCGACCCUGUCGGAAGCUGGCCGAGUCAAGACUGGCGCAUGAAGGACCGUCUCAAAACCGUUUCUGCCGCGCUUGCCAUCUGCCUGAACAUCGGCGUUGACCCCCCGGAUGUCGUGAAGACCAACCCUGCGGCAAAGCUGGAGUGUUGGGUUGACCCAACCUCUACCACAUCCCCUGGUGGCUCCAACAAGAUCAUGGAGCAGAUCGGAAAGAAACUACAAGAACAGUAUGAGACGCUAAGCUUGAGAACUAGGUACAAGCAGUAUCUUGACCCUUCAGUCGAUGAGACCAAGAAGUUCUGCAUAUCAUUGCGUCGUAACGCCAAAGACGAGAGGGUUCUCUUUCACUACAACGGUCACGGUGUUCCUCUUCCUACCCAGUCAGGCGAGAUUUGGGUUUUCAACAAGAACUACACGCAAUACAUCCCAGUCUCACUGUACGAUUUACAGUCAUGGCUCGCAGGUCCGAGUCUGUUCGUCUUUGAUGUUUCACAUGCUGGUAACAUCGUUUCCAACUUCCACACUUUCGUUGAGAAGCACGAGAAGGAAAAUGUCGAGGCGAGAAAGAGGGAUCCGAAUGCCAUCGUACAGAAUUACGGAGAUUGCAUCAUUCUCGCAGCGUGUCAGAAGGCUGAGUCGCUGCCGACGAAUCCAGAUCUUCCUGCGGAUCUCUUCACCUGUUGUCUGACUACGCCAAUCGAGAUCGCGCUGCGCUUCUUCAUACUUCAGAACCCGCUCCAAACCAAUAUUUCUGUCGACGAAUUUAGGGUGCCUGGUCGCCUACAGGACCGUCGUAGUCCCUUGGGAGAGUUGAAUUGGAUUUUUACCGCGAUCACUGAUACGAUAGCUUGGAACACCUUGCCGCGAGCCCUCUUCAAGAAGCUCUUCCGCCAAGACUUGAUGGUGGCUGCCCUGUUCAGGAACUUCCUGCUGGCUGAGCGGGUAAUGCGCACCUACAAAUGCCAUCCGAUUUCAUCGCCUGAAUUACCGGAGACUCAUCAUCAUCCUUUGUGGAAGAGCUGGGACCUGGCCGUCGAGAUGGUUUUGUCGCAGCUUCCAGCCCUGACUGACCAUGAAGAGGGUCGCAGGCAAUAUGAAUAUCAGCAUUCGACGUUCUUCGCAGAGCAGCUUACCGCAUUCGAGGUUUACCUGUCGUCGGGCCCCACGGAGAAGAACCCACCAGACCAGCUCCCUAUUGUCUUGCAGGUCCUUUUGAGUCAGGCACACAGAUUGCGAGCUCUGAUUCUGUUGAGUAAAUUCCUAGAUCUCGGUCCUUGGGCGGUUCACCUGGCUCUGAGCAUUGGUAUCUUUCCUUACGUCGUUAAGCUUUUGCAGUCUGCAGCCCAAGAACUUAAACCAGUCAUGGUCUUCAUUUGGGCAAGAAUUAUGGCCGUCGACCAUACUGUUCAGAAUGACCUACUGAAGGACAAUGGGAUCCAUUACUUCAUCUCCAUCCUCAACCCAUCUUCCCCAAUCCCUGUGGGCAACGCUAGUGAACAUCGGGCUAUGUGCGCGUUCAUUGUUUCAAUCUUCUGCAAGAACUACCCCCAAGGUCAAAAUGUGUGCCUCUCUGCCGAGCUUUUUGACUCUUGUCUCAAGCACCUCAUGGAUGUGGAGAAUCCGCUGCUGCGGCAGUGGUCGUGUCUCUGCAUCAGCAUGCUGUGGUCCGACUUUCCAGAAGCGAAAUGGAUGGGUAUUCGAUGUGCCGCUCCUGCCAGGCUCUGUGAACUCAAUUUCGAUCCUGUGCCUGAAGUACGGGCUGCCAUGUUGCAUGCGGUCACCACCUUCUUGGGUAUACCGGACUUAACCGAUCAGGUAGCCCAGAUUGAGGAAACCCUGGCCAUGGCAGUAUUGCCCAUGUCAUCUGACGGCAGUGUACUCGUGAGAAAAGAACUCUUAGUUUUCUUCUCAGCUUUCGUCAAACGCUAUCAGAACAAGUUUUUGAUUGCCGCAUACGAGGAGUUCCAGGAUGAGAAGCAGAACUUACUCUCGAAACUGAAACAUGCAGGAUCUCGGGUCCCUAGCCAAAAGGAAGUAUCGGAUGUUCCCGCAGCCUCGAGUCGAAAGUCGCAUAGCCUCUCACGAAACACCACCUUUGGAACUAUUUGGAAGCAGCUGCUAAUUCUCUCUGUUGACCCCCACCCUGAUAUCGCGCAGGACGCAGGCAUGAUUGUUGACUACAUUCACAUUUGCCUCUUGGAUUCACCGAUGGCUUCAUUGACUAACAAGAUCCGAGACGAAAUCCUGGACCUUUCUUAUCGGGUUUCUCAGAAAUUGCAGGUCGAAAAGCCAGAAUCAAAGAAAACCGCGCCUCCGCCGACACCACCCGCCGUCGCCCCUCCCAAACAGGAAGGCUACCUUUCACUAAGUAUCAAACGAACUGCCAGUGUGGCGGCCUCGCUUAAGAACCUGGCCUUCGGAGGCUCUAAUGCGUCCGAAUCUCAAUCACCCCAAUCGCCUCAAUCUCUCACCGCGCCCAAGAGCCGGAUGCCUAUGACCCCAAGAGGACGAGCCCCACCCGAAUGGACGCGCCCCCCGGAAGUCAAUGACCAAGUUGCUCCCGCAACGGCCUACAACCAAGCUCCCACCCCUACGUCGCGAGGAUUCGAGCCCCGGGAAUCUUUUGCGGUCCCAGCCAUUCCCUUGAUGAGUAGAUUCCUGGACUGGUCCACAGAGGUAAAAUCAGAACUCCUUCACCUCAUGAGCGAUAAGUUUCACUACGAAUUUGAACAAUUUCUCACCCGUCUUCAGUAUUUCCGGGAACCCCAGAUGAAACCCAAUGAACCCGACGAGCCCGGCAGUGCCGAUUACAACGAACGCCUCUGGAGACGAAGCCGUAAUGAGAAGAUCAUCUCUGAGACCCAACCUCUGAAGGGCAAAGCAGGCAGCAGUCGAUGGGAUAAUUCAUUGUCUCUUCUUUCUAACAGCAGUCAGCCUCUGAAGAUGUGCUUCCAUCAAUUCGAGGAUCACAUUGCAGUUGCGGAUGAUAAGGAUACUAUCGCAAUCUGGGAUUGGCAGAGACACAAGCGUCUCAACCGUUUCUCGAAUGGCAACCCGGCUGGCUCCAAAAUCAAUGAAGUCCGAUAUAUCAACGAGGAUGACCAAGCUCUGUUGAUGACCGGGUCAUCUGAUGGUGUUCUGAAAGUGUUCAGAAACUACGAGUCGGCGCAUGAUGUGGAAAUUGUGACUGCAUUCAGAGCUUUACCUGAACUCAUUCCCAGCAAUCGCAAUGCUGGUCUUGUUCUGGACUGGCAGCAAGGUCAGGGUAAGGCAUUAGUUGCAGGUGACGUGAAGGUCAUCCGGGUGUGGAAUGCGGCUACCGAAGUCUGCACGAAUGACAUUCCUGCUCGUUCGGGCUCUUGCAUCACCUCCUUGACAUCCGAUCAAGUAGCAGGGAACAUCUUUGUGGCAGGAUUCGGUGACGGCGCAGUCCGGGUGUUUGAUCAGCGUCUUAAGCCCACAACAUCCAUGGUCAAGGUCUGGCGCGAGCAUAAGCAAUGGAUCACCAAUGUUCACAUGCAGCGCGGCGGCCUGAGGGAGCUUGUGUCCGGGAGUCGCAACGGCGAGAUCAAGCUUUGGGAUCUACGCAUGGACAUGCCCAUCUCUACGUUCUCCGCCACAAACGACACACUGCGUACACUGAGUGUCCACGAGCAUGCUCCAGUCUUCAUGGUUGGUACAAACCGUCACGAAGUGAAAACCUUCAACGUCGAUGGAACCUAUCUCUCCACCUUCGAGCCCUACUCGAGCUUCCUCCAUCACAACCGCUCCUCCCCAAUCGCCAGCACUGCGUUCCACCCUCAUCGGACCGUUCUGGCCUGUGCUGCACUGAACGACCACCAUAUCAACUUGGUGACAUGUUAGCAGCCCACAGAGUAUUAAGUCGCUCCUCUACACCAUAGUGAAGCUACAGGAGACCACACAUCCCACACACCUAAACUACACGCACCGUGAACGAAACAUUACCUCGCUACCUCCAAACCGACUGUCCUCUAUUAGCGCAACCCUCCUACAGACACACCACCGGCGCCAAGGUCUCAUCGAUAUUCCCCAGUUUCCAGAAUCUAUUUCCGUUUAAUCCUACCACGUCUUUUCCUUCCAGUAAUACUUCCCCCGCUCUCCC